AUGUCGGACUGCGAGUACGACUCCGACGAGUACGAUCUCUACGAUGACAACUGGCUUUACAUCGCCGAGGACGACAAUCUUGCUGACGAUCUUGCCGAGCGCGCCGUCGCAUCCCCUCCUGCCCGCGACUACGACCUCGACGGCUCCGGCUACAACUCCGACUACUUCGAGUACUGGGUGGACAUUGAGUACAACUCGGACGGCUGGAACGAUGCCAAGGGCCCUCCCAAGACCAGCCUCUCCAACAAGACCGCGCCCGGUACGAAGAAAAGGAAGCGAGUCGCCCAGACUGGCCCGUCACAGAAAAAGCGCAAAGGUGCCCGAGGCCGCCAGAUUACCGAUGCCGCGCCCGACUCUGCGAACCAAGUGCCGCCCGUUCUCUGGCAAUCCAGCAAGGAGCGCAUCAAGCAGCACUUCGACGGCCCCAGAGCCUUGACCAAGGACCCAAAGCCCUUCUCUUUGCUGGGGGACUGGAGGACCCGCUUUGGCCUUGACGGAGAGCAGCCAAAAGGGAAAGAAGCCGACGUUGCUGGAGCUGUUCCAAAUGCCGCAGACGAGAUAUUGAAGGCUGUGGAAAUGGCUUCGGCUGCUCCAGAAGAAGAAGACUGGGAAGACGAGGGGGAGUCUGUCCAAGAAGAAGGAGAUGGCCUCGGCGACCUAAUCGCCGGGAGUGGUCUCGAUCCUCAGGCGCUCAUGCGUGCGCUCCAAGAGAAUCUUGCCGCCACUGGUGCUGCUCCGGCCGGCCUUGAUCAGUCCACGCUUCUAAAGUACGCUUUGCGUAUGCUCAGCGGCGAGGGAGAGGCUGACGAUAUUGCUGGCGAGCUUGCUGAAGACCUCUUCGAGCAAGCCGAGGAGGAUGACCCAGAGGGCAAAAACAUUGCGGAAUGGGCAGCGAAGCAGAAGGACAGACCAGAUAACGGUGAUGAGGAGGAGUCUGGCGCAAGUCUCGAUGGGGUCUCUGGGCCUGUGCGCAAGAGCAAAACCACACUUCCUCCUACCCCUCCGACGAACGAGGCGUCCGGUACUGAGGGGAAGGGCAAGAAGAAAGCUGUUGAAGUCCCGGCACCAACGUCUGUCGCAAGCGGACUCCGGUCCCGCAAGCGUAAAGCGGCGGAGGCCGUGCCGGAUGAUGAGCCUCCCCCGCGACCGAAGCGUGCUACGCGCUCUUAUGCCGCACCAACAGCCAGCAGCAAGUCGAAGACCGCCGAGGUUAAGGGCGGUAAGGGCAAACGUGGCUAG